GGUGGCGCCCCACCCAUGAGGACGCUGACACUAGUUUAUCUCUCUCCCCUUCCCCUUUCCCUGUCUGCGCUCCACUCCACAGUCCAACUACCCAUCCUCUCCUCCCGAGUCCCGAGUCUGCAGCCAAAGCAGAGCACCACCCAGCCGCCGCCGGAAGAGCACGAGGAGAUGGGCUCCGGGACGGGGAAGGUGGUGUGCGUCACCGGCGGCUCGGGCUACAUCGCCUCCUGGCUCGUCAAGUUCCUCCUCCAGCGCGGCUACACCGUCCGCGCCACCGUCAGGGACACCGCCGACCCCAAGAAAACAUUGCACCUGCAGGCCCUGGAUGGAGCCAAGGACAGGCUGCACUUGUUCAAAGCAAGCUUGUUGGAAGAAGGCUCUUUCGAUGCUGCCGUUGCCGGCUGCGAUUGUGUCUUCCACACGGCUUCUCCCUUUUAUCACAAUGUCAAGGAUCCCAAGGCUGAGUUACUUGACCCAGCUGUCGAUGGAACGCUCAAUGUUCUCCGUUCCUGCAAGAAAGCCUCUAUCAAGAGAGUGAUCGUAACCUCAUCCAUGGCUGCUGUUGCCUACAAUGGGAAGCCAAGGACUCCUGAUGUAGUGGUUGACGAGACAUGGUUUUCAAGUGCAGAAGUCUGCGAAAAGAAUAAGCAAUGGUAUGUGCUAUCCAAGACCCUUGCCGAGGAGGCUGCAUGGAAGUACGCAAAUGAUAAUGGAUUAGAAAUAAUUACAAUAAACCCAACAAUGGUCAUCGGUCCCCUGUUGCAGCCUACACUGAAUACUAGCACAGAAGCAAUAUUGAAGUUUAUAAAUGGUUCGCAAGCAUGAAAAGUUGAAAACCAAAAAACUAGAAGUGACAAUGGUGUGUGCAGUGCCCUAACAAGAUGAAAGUUUUUAGUUGGCGAAUCGCCCACACUGUUGUUUACCCACUGGCGCUGAAGCUGCAGUGAAGAUCAACUCCCACUGAUUAUGUGUCGAAAAAUGUCUUACAUUAUGGGACGGAGGGAGUACUUUUAUGCUCGUAUUGUCAGUUUGCUAAGGAAAUUUGAGAAUGUGUUAAAUCAGAAUUCAGCAUCAGCCUGAACCUUUUUUCAGAAUAAAACAGUGGCUGCUACAAUGGCCAUGAUGUGUAUGUAUGUAUUCCUGGAAAAUGAAGCAUAUGAAACUGAUACAUAACCAUACAAGAAGCACCA